AUGGCGGCUGUAUUGUAUUACAGAUUUUCUAAAUCUUGUUCUAACCAGUUUAUUAGACUUCUGUCACAUGUUCUUAAGAAUGUAGUAUCACUGAUUGAAACACUUAUGACGAUAAUAAAAGUAAAUUUUUAUGUUAUGUCAUGUGAAGGUUCUGGACACAUUUUUAAACAAGGUGAUAUUUUUGUAAUUCAGAUCUAG